AUGGCCCACGCGUGGUCACUGCCGGCAGUCGUCUCACGGAGCCGACCGCGGUGGUACACGAACCUGUGGAAGGUGGCCGCCGCGGUGGUUGUCCUGCCCUACGCUGCCAAGUUCAGUAUUUUUGCCGCGAUAAGCCAAAAAGAGACUGUGCCCUACACCAACCAGGCCCAUCGUGUCCUCCUGACCUCGUCGGAGCAGCGCGAGUUUGGCGAUGAAGACUUCAACGAUUGGAAGGAGAAGCGCGACAAAUACAUCCUUAGCCCGUCUGACCCGAGGACUGUUCUCGUCCGCCGCAUCGCCUCAGACAUCAUCCACGGAGUCCGCCGCCUCUUCCCCAACAACGGCAUCCAUGACGAUGAUGUUAAGCAGGGGAAGGUGGUCGUGCGGCCACAGACGGGGCAUCUCACUGACCUUAACUGGGAGGUGAUGGUUGUCGAAAAUAACAAAGUAAGGGCUUUCAGCUUGAAGGGCGGGAAGAUUGUAAUCCACACUGGAUACCUCAAGCAUUUGAAGACCGAUGCCGAGAUUGCCACCGUUAUUGGCCAUGAGGCCGCACAUGUUGUUGCAAGGCAUAGCAUGGAGUUGUUGAGGUCAAUUCCGUUCUACAAACUAAUGCCCUUCUCACGAAGGGCCGAAUUGGAGGCGGAUCACAUCGGAUUAAUGAUAAUGGCCGCUGCUGGUCUCAAUCCACGCGUAGCCCCUGAGUUCCGCAAGAAGAUUGGAGAGAUCAUUGGAGACACGAAAUUAAUGGACUACAUCGGUACUCAUCCUUCGUUUCAGACAAGGUCACGGUUGUUAUCGCGAAAGGAGGUCAUGGAGGAGGCGUUUGAGCUGUACAAACAAGAACAUAUUGAUGUCUGA